UGCAGUGUGUCCCGAGUUCCAUCAGCGAAGGACAGAAUCCCAGAAUGGGUCCGGUUAGAAGAGACCACAGGGGGUCACCUGGCUCAACCUCCCUGCUCAAGCAGGGUCAUCCCAGAGCAUGUGGCACAGGGUUGUGUCCAGACGAUUCUGGAAUAUCUUCAUUGAGUCAGACUCCAAAACCACUCGGGCACACUAAUAAGAUUGCACAGCUUGUGAUUCUACAUUGUCAUUUGAGUUCAGCAUCAGCUGCCUUUUCUGGUCCCUGCAAGAUGCCAGCAGCCCUUGCAGAGAACAGCCAGGUUAUCUGUGAAGUAUGGGCCAACAACCUGGAGGAAGAGAUGAGGAAAAUUCGGGAGAUUGUUCUGAGCUACAGCUACAUUGCCAUGGACACGGAGUUCCCUGGAGUUGUUGUCAGGCCAAUCGGUGAAUUCCGCAGCUCCAUAGAUUAUCAGUACCAGCUCCUUCGUUGUAACGUUGACCUGCUGAAAAUUAUCCAGCUGGGCCUGACUUUCACAAAUGAGAAGGGGGAAUAUCCUUCUGGCAUCAACACCUGGCAGUUCAACUUCAAAUUCAACCUUACGGAAGACAUGUACUCUCAGGAUUCCAUAGACCUCCUUGCCAGCUCUGGGCUGCAGUUCCAGAAACAUGAAGAAGAAGGGAUCGAUACCCUGCAUUUUGCUGAGCUGCUGAUGACGUCUGGGGUCGUCCUCAGUGACAGCGUGAAAUGGCUGUCCUUCCACAGUGGUUAUGACUUUGGCUACAUGGUGAAGUUGUUGACAGAUUCCAGGUUACCAGAAGAGGAACAUGAAUUUUUCCACAUCUUAAACCUUUUCUUCCCAUCUAUCUAUGAUGUGAAGUACUUAAUGAAGAGCUGCAAAAACCUGAAGGGUGGCCUUCAGGAAGUGGCAGAUCAGCUGGAUUUGCAGCGAAUUGGACGACAACACCAGGCAGGAUCAGACUCUCUUCUCACAGGAAUGGCCUUUUUCAGAAUGAAGGAGUUAUUUUUCGAGGAUACAAUUGAUGAUGCAAAGUAUUGCGGACGACUGUAUGGCCUUGGCACAGGAGUGGCUCAGAAACAGAACGAAGAUGUGGACUCAGCCCAAGAGAAAAUGAGCAUUUUGGCCAUUAUCAACAACAUGCAGCCCUGAUGAGUGGUGCCCCUCAGCAGAACAUGUUUACCAUAUUGGCAGCUGCUGUCCUCAACCAUUUUCCCUAAACAGUGUCUCGAACAAAAAGCAUCUCCAGUACACAGGCUGCACCAAGCCUUGCAGUUUUGCUGAAGAGCUGCAUUUUCCUUUGAAACCCAGAAGAGUUGACUGAAUUCCUAAUGCCAGCCUUUGUGGUUUGCCAUAUUUUUAAUACCAAGGGCGAAGGACAGAACCUACUGUGUAUACCUCUGUUUUUUUCCUCUUUAUACUGUACAGAAUCUGCAAGGAAGAUUUACCAGUAGAAUAUUGGGUAGAGCUAAAGGUUUGGAAAUGCAGUGAAAAUGGACACAGACACGCCCGCAAAUUUGCAAUUUGUGUUUUAUAAAGCUUAUUUUAAAACUUCUGCAUGUUGUGAGGGUGACAGCUUCACCUCAUGUGUUGCUUAUUUUAUCUCUGUGGAAAUUGCUCCCUUUGAUCACUGCAGAGGUUUGGGAAUGGAUGACAUUAAAAAUGAUCCUUGCAGCUAAAAAUAUUCAGAGAUUUGCUUUAACAACAGAGGGAAUGGAGAUUAAUGGAGCUUAUUUGAUCAGCACUCCUUAGUUUCUAAUUCUCUGUUACUGCUUUGACCCAUACUAAGCCUCAGCUUUGUUCUUACGGGUAUUAAGGAAAUGCUUUGGAAAUUCAGAGGCCCAAAAGUUCACCUUUGACAGGGGACUGGACCAAUACUCUGACUUCAGUUUUCUUCAACUUAAACCUACAAAUUUUAUUCUUCUCCUGCAACACAACUCGGUCAGCAUGGACAAAUAUUUGUUCCUCUUCUCCCCCGUUUCUCCAGCCCCUCAUUCUACAAUAUGCUUAAAAGGUAAAAGAGUUUCUGUUUUUCUCCUGAGUUUCUGGGUUUUUUUUAUUAUAAACACCUGAAAAGUAGUUAAAAGGAUGAAGAACUUGGGAUUCUGACUUUGAAAAACAUUCUACAGCAUUUUUCUUUCAACAGCUCUUUAAUGACAUUUCUUGAAAGAACAAACCCUUUUGGACAUGUCAAACUCUAAAAAUUUUUAAGACUGUCUGGCAUUUUGAACAAGCUUAAUCCAAUAUUAAAAGAGUUGAGGUUUAGAGCUAGUAUUUGAAAUGUUUGUAAAGACUAGUUUUUAUUUUUUGUAAAAUAAAUUUUUUCAAACCAG